GCAGCAAGUUCCAGUGGACAGCAGCGGGUCAAGACACAGACAGACAGAGGACGAGAGCUGUAUGAAUGGUGGAGGGACGAGGGAGGAGAAGAGCCUCUACUAAACCCCGAAAGACCAACAGCCAGCCCUGCUGGAGGAUUAGCUCCUUGUCCGUGCUAACAUGGCCCUGCCCUCUGUGAUGGUGUUGCCCAUGCUGAUUGUGGUGGCAGCAGGGUUGUACUACAUCUACAAGGAGGUCAUGCAGUUCAUGUCCAAGUCCUUGGUGCGAAACAAAGUGGUGGUGAUCACAGAUGCCGUGACCGGGGUGGGGACCGAGUGUGCCCAUCUCUUCCAUAAGGCCGGGGCCAGGCUUGUCCUGUGCGGGAGCAGCUGGGAUAAACUGGAGUCUCUGUUUGACUCUCUGACGAAUGACGCCGACCCUAGAGAGUCAUGCCGUCUUGUGUCUCUCAAGACGUUUGCCCCAAAACUGGUGAUCUUGGACUUUAGCGACAUGGACAGCAUGGAGGAUGUGGUGGCUGAGGUGUUGGAGUCUUAUGGCUGUGUGGACGUGCUGAUCUGUAACAGCAGCGUGAAGCUGAAGGCCCCCGUGCAGAGCGUCUCCCUGGAGCUGGACAGAAACAUCAUGGACAUCAACUAUUUUGGCCCAAGCACUCUGGUCAAAGGAGUUCUUCCGACGAUGAUCUCGAGAAGAUCGGGGCACGUUGUGCUGGUGAACAGCAUCCAGGGCAGACUGGCGAUCCCAUUCAGAAGCUCAUAUGCGGCAUCUAAGCAUGCAGUGCAGGCCUUCUUCGACUGCCUGCGGGCUGAAGUGGAGGAGUAUGGGAUAGUUGUCAGCACCAUAAGUCACACCUUCAUCGAUGCCUCCGAGCCGCCGUCCGUGGAAGCGCCUGCCCCCAAACCAAACGCCCUGGCUGCAUUUAUUGCUAGCCAGUUGACCCAUGGCGUGCGCCCGUCAGUCCUGGCCAAUGAGAUUAUGCAGACGGUAAACAGAAAGAGGAAGGAGGUUGUGCUGGCCCACCCCAUCCCCAGGGUGGCCCUCUGCCUCCGCUCCCUCUUUCCCCCCUUCCUCUUUGCCGUGCUGGCUGCUGGAGUGAAGGACUCAGUGUUGGCUGAGUAGAUUCUGGAGGAAGGCUGCGAGGCCGAACGGAGUCAGAGCAAUGUGGAAUUAAGGAAGACUCGUUUGGGAAUUGGUAGAUAUGUAAUAGGGAGUACUGUAGUCGACGCAAAGCUGGAUGACCAACAGGGCAAAGCAGGCAACGGCCCUGGGCUGCUAGACCUUCAGGUUCACCUGGAAAUGUGUUUAUGGCAAUUUAAUUGAUAAUUUAAUAUUUAUUUGUUUAUACUAGUUAAUAAUAAACACAAAAUUGUCGUAAGCCAAUUAUGAGGUCCUUAAACCUACAAUAACUGUUUAUUUAGUCAUUUGGUGGCAGCAGAAACACACAGUGACAAACCAUAUAAGGUUUUCGUGGCUAACGUGUCAAGGCGCUGCACUCAUGUGGGGUCAUGUUUCUGUCCACCUGAUGAAUUAAAGUCCAAAGUUCACAAUC